GAACGUUCAACAAGGGAUUUUACACAGCUACUCAGGAGAAACGAAAUGAUCUGCCCUGGAGCCGCAGCAAAAUGCUGGAUGGACACCUACUCCUGGGAUGGUUAUCGUUCACAGUUAUAGUGUAUCUUCUCAACUUGCCUGGACCCACCAUAGCAUAUUUCGGGUUGACAGGUAAUGAACCGUUGUCUGUCCUGCCACUGAACUCUUUACCAGAGGAGAGCAUAGGCAGGGCCCACUUCAAGCUGUGUGACCGGCUCAAACUGGAAAAGAAGCAGCGCAGGAUGUGCAGACGAGACCCGGGCGUGGCGGAGACUCUAAGAGAGGCCAUCACCAUGAGCGCCCUAGAAUGCCAGUACCAAUUCCGCUUUGAGAGGUGGAACUGCACCUUAGAGGGGCGCCACCGAGCCAACAUAUUAAAAAGAGGAUUUAAAGAGACGGCCUUCUUGUACGCCAUCUCCUCAGCGGGUCUAACUCAUGCCAUGGCCAAAGCUUGCAGCGCAGGACGCAUGGAGCGCUGCACAUGUGACGAGGCCCCCGACCUGGAGAACCGUAAGGCGUGGCAGUGGGGAGGCUGCGGAGACAACCUCAAAUACGCAAACAAGUUUGUCAAGGACUUCCUGGGCAAACGCUCAAACAAGGAUCUACGUGCACGUGUGGACAUGCACAAUACGAACGUGGGCAUGAAGGUAAUCAAGGCUGGAGUGGAGACCACUUGCAAAUGCCACGGCGUCUCUGGCUCCUGCACCGUCCAGACCUGUUGGAGGCAGCUCCAGCCCUUCCAUGAGAUCGGCAAGCAGCUGAAGCAGCGUUAUGAGACCUCCGUCAAGGUCGGCAGCUCCACCAACGAGGCCACUGGGGAGGGAGAGAUCUCCACAGGCCGCAACCAGCAGCAGCAGCAGCAACAGCAACAACAGCCCCUGCCCGGCCUGAACGAUCAAAUCCCCCGCACUAUGGACUUGCUCCACAUCGAGGACUCACCCAGUUUCUGUAGACCCACCAAAUAUUCACCGGGCACCGCAGCCCGCAAAUGCUACAAGGACAAAAACUGUGAUGCUAUCUGUUGCGGGCGAGGCCACAACACUCAAAGCAGGGAGGUGACCAGGCCUUGCCAAUGCCAGGUGCGCUGGUGCUGCUACGUUGAAUGCAAGCAGUGCACACAGAGAGAGGAGGUCUACACCUGCAAGGGGUAAACCGGGCACCGUUCAGCCCUUUCAGUCAGAGGAAGGUGGUUGUGUUGAAGAGGAGCAUUUUUUUUUCUCAUGCAGAGUUUUGCUUUCGGUGUCGGAGCAGCGUUCUGCAAGCAAAAAAGGAGCGAGCCAAGAAGCAAUAAGCACUUUGAGGGAUUUCUGUGGGUUGGGUUUCAGAGGUCCUGCAGAAUAAAAACUUUCUCAGACAACUGGGUCAACAUCUCAAGCUCUUUAUCACAGCGUUACCUUGAAAAGAGACGCUUUCACUUUCCUUUAAGAAAAACAAAAAUCUUUUGUCAUCAACUCACAAGAAAACCGAUUAACGCCCAGUUAAUGAGGAUACAACAUAAGGACAGUUACACCAACAGACUGAUUUCUGGGGCUUUGCCCAAAGAGGAAUGGUGUGUGUGUGUGUGUGUGUGUGUGUGUUUGUCAAUUUUUACGUGUGUACAGUAUUUGUAAGCAUGUGAACAUGAGGUAGUUAGCGAGGGGGGGAGCGGAAAAUUAAGUGACGAUUUUUUAUGGCGAUUAAAAACCAUAUACAGAAACUGAAAAAAAAAAGAAAAAGACAGGGUGUAAGAAUUACUCUACACGCACAUAUUUACACUCACACACAUUGUGUGUUUGCAUAUAUAUGUACAUAAAUUCAGUUAUAUUGUAAUGAUAUUAUAUAAGCCACUUAUCUAACUAUGUUAAAACAAACCACUAACCACACAAAUGUUUUGUUGUUUGUGUGCUCUUGCUCAUUUUUCUUCUUGAUUCAUGUUGACAAGGCCCGUUGGAAAGCAGCACGCUUGUGUCUGACGUCUUUCUGUGGAUAAUUUAUAGAUCCUUUGGGACUACUCCUUCAUGGGGAGGAACAAAAAUAUCUUUAAUUUUUUCUUUUUUUGUAAUAUCGUAAUAUGAAGCUGUUAGUACAUACAUUAACAGAAGAUAACUAAACCAGUCAGUUUAGGCUAUUCUCGGCCAGUGUUCAGGGAAUAACUUAAACCACUAUAUGUGUUUGACUAAACCAGAAAGAACAUACGAAUCCAAGGUGGAGAUGACAGCGGCCUUGUUAUUACAGUCAAAAGCAUAGCAACAGGUGAUCUCUUGAUCAGCAGAAGGCCCACGUGAGACUCGGAUCAAAAAUUGCAGAGCUUUGUGAAGCUUAAAUCUACUUUGAAGGUCUAAAGAAACCUGUGGAGAACUGGAGGAAUUUAACUCCCUGCCAUUUCGUAUCCUUCCUUCCUCUUCGGCUUCCACAAAUUUGAUUGAGCCAUAUGUAAUACAUUGACACGCAGUGUGUACAGUGGAAGUUCAAACAGUAUGGGGCGACUGACUUUUUGUUCAAGUGAAGAUGAAAGCAUAAGCCUCUUAGCUAAUAUAAAGAUCUAUUAUAAAACUAAUAUUUGUGUAAUUGUUCUGCAAAUUUAUGUCUACGUUUUAUUAAUCGGGUGUCUUCUUUCUGAAGUCAGUCAAGUUGUUUUUAUAAGUUAACUUUACCUUUUCAUCUUGUUGCUGAGCACCUUUUGACACAGUUAACACAAUGCAGCAUGCUGACCCCACCAUACAAGAGUGACGGUUUGACACUGCAGGAAGUACUGCGUGGUAUGAAAUAAUAAACUUCAGUCUGGUUUUUCCUUAGCCUAUCAUAAAGAAGCAGAGGAAACUGCUACUUUUAACAAAAUUAGCCCAUCAGCACCUCUAAACUCACUGUUUGGCCUCCAAUAUCUUGUUUGUUUAAUCCAGGAAGUUAAACCACGCCUCGUCUUUGUUACGCUUUUUUGUACAUAUUAAACAGACAGGAUGUAAGUUGUUAAUCAGUGAACCUUAAAGGUACUGAAAGGUGGCUUUUGAUACCUUAGGGCACAUUUCAGUCUCGCUGUGUCCAAGUUUGCGGCGUUUAUGCAAAGCUAACUAGCUGACUGAUAACUUUAGUUUCUCUUCUCGUGACCUAGAAGAAGGUGCAAAUUGUUUCCAUUACAGUUUUAUGAGAAAUGCCUCUGUGCACACAAACAAUGCAGACAAAAUUUUGUCAUAUUCUCAGCACUUAGUGCUUAGAAACAUUAUAUUUUAUCAAAUACAGGACCUUAUAGGCCAUAUUUUAGAUUGGUGUGAAUUAACUACUGAGUGAGGGACCCAGCUUUGUAUUAUAGCACCAUUCACGCACUGAAGCCCAAAAGCCCUUUAAAGUAUUUAAAGAUCUGUAUUUAUGGAUACAGUGCAGUGCAGAAUCUUUUUUUUUCUCGUUUUUUAUUAAAAAAUGUAAAUAGCAAAGGUUUCUUCUCCUGUGGUAUAGAGACAAAAGUGAGGCACAUGUUCAACUCUCACAAGCAUCUGAAACAUAAAUUGAAAUUAAAUAAAUGAGUGAAGCAUUUGCUGAAACGGCAUACAGCUGCUGAAACAAGAUUGUUACGGAUUUCAAUCAUCAAUGCUGCAGAGUGCAUUUUUAAAAAGGAGUUUCACAGUGAUUUAAAUCAAAGCUCCCUCUGAUAGGAAGAGAACCGUGCAUGGCUUAUUUGUCUAAAGGAGAUGAAUUCCAAGCAUUUUGAUAUGAGAUGGCAUGCCAAAUAAAGAAUGGUCAAAACAUAUACAUAGAACUUUGCACGCUACAUGGAAACCAUAAUAGCUAUGCAGAGACGCAAAGCACAAAUGCCUGCUCGCCACAGCUUCUGGUGUGUGUUUGCGCCACACACUCCGCCUCGGCCCAAACACGGUGAGGUUCUCUACUAUUGAAUGGAUUCAAAACAGACACGACAGGAAAUGCAAACAGAUUGCAUUUUUGUUUGUUUAUAGAUUGUACAUAGGCGUAGAAAUUUAUUCCAGAGAAGAGGAGCAUGAUGCAGCAGUCUGCCGGGUUUUUAGAUGCCACAGUCAUCCGUGCUCUCAAAUCCAAAACUCUGCACUGUUUAGUCAUCAGUGGAUCAUGUACAAAAUUCUAUGUUGUAGAGAAAAAGAAAGAUAAAUUAUUUUUUAAAUAUAUUAUGAGCAUGUGUUUAGUGUAAAUAACUUCAAAGUCUAAAUUGAUUUUAUAUCCUGUAUUUUUUACUCUGUUUUCUUUUUGGGUGUUUGUUCCUUUUGGGGUGGAGGCUUCGAGAAGCAGUGUAUACUAUCAACAUAUUUCAUUUUAUAUCUCAAGAUUGUUAUCUAAGCACUAACAAAUCCUAACAAAACUCAAAUCAGCUCACUUUUAGUUGGUUUAAUUCACUUGCGGUAAUGCAGUUUCUGAAAGUAUGCAAAGAAAAUCACAGUUAUCGAGAAUAUUUUAUAGAACUUAAUCUUGUAUAAUCAACGGUUUUGUGAAAGGACUGAUGAUCAGUAUGGACUUGUUCACCUUUGGGUCACUUUACAUGUACAUGUACUUUUUGUUAGGAUUUGUGCUGUGCUUGUAAAACAAAGAUAAAAUACACAAGCUAUGUAUUGUCCUUUGUGAUAAUAUUACACCAACAAAGCUUUGUCCAUGUUCACUUAUUCAUGUCUUAUGGGAACUCUAAAUUAUUUUCCUCUACCUCAUGUGUAUAGCUUGUAGGUUUAAACAGAUCACAAAUGACUGGUAAGAAUGUAUUUAAGUUAUUUAACAUCUUUGUAUAACAAAGGCGGAAAAAAUCUGAAAUAAUAAAUGGAUUUUUAAAUUA